AUGCAUAUUGCAUGGGACGACACCAGCGGCGCAUGGCGUCACGUCUUCGGGAGGCAGGGAGGGAGGGUGGGAGCGGGCAAGGGGAAGAGCGGGGACCUCGGAGGUUCGCCGAACCAGCCCGCCGGCAGUCGCAGAACCUCCUCCAUGGCCGUCCAGGGGUCGUCGUCGCCGUCGCCGCCGUCGCCGAUGUGGCUGCCGCUCCUGCUGGCCGCCGCCUUCUCUCUACCCGCAGGGUCGAGGGGUCAGGGCGCGCUGACCCAGGCGCUCUUCAUGGGCAACGUGGACUCCAACGCCACGCUGGCCGACUGCGUGUGGCGGCGCGGCAACGACAACGACGUGUGUCCGGACCCGGACGUCUUCUACUACCUCUACACCAGCGAGCAGCCGUCCGCGAGGAAGACGAUGAACACGAGGGAGGCCGACUGGCUGAGGACGGCCGGCUGGAACCCUCAGCACGACAACGUGAUCCUCAUCCACGGCUACAACGGCGGCGACGACAGCCACCACGUGCAGGUCAUGAGGAACGCCUACCUGCGGAACGGCAGCUACAACGUGUUCGUGGUGGACUGGCACCGGCUGGCCUCGCCGCCCUGCUACCCGCCCGCCGUCCACAACAUGCGUCCCGUGGCCCGCUGCGCCGCCGCCGCGCUCGCCUUCCUGCGCGACUCGGGGCUGCAGCCGGAGCGCACCACCUGCGUGGGGCACAGCCUGGGCGCGCACGUGUGCGGCCUGGUCGCGCGCCACCUGCGCUUCAGGCUGCACCGCAUCAUCGGUCUGGACCCGGCGCGGCCGCUGGUGCGCGGCAGCAGCAAGCUGGGCCGCGGAGACGCGAGCGUGGUGCAGGUGAUACACACCAACGCCGGCACGUACGGCGAGACGGGCCGCGUGGGGCUGGUCGACUUCUGCGUCAACGGCGGCCGCGAGCAGCCGCACUGCGCCGGCAAGUCCAACGCGGCGCUGUGCAGCCACGCGCGCAGCAUCUGCUACCUGGCCGAGUCCGUGAACUCUGCCACGGCGCGCCGCGCGGAGCCCUGCAGGUCGCGCUGCCCCAACGGGCCGCGGCUGCCCGGGGGUCGCCCCGGGGUGACCGUGGUGCUGGGGCAGCACACCCCCGACAGAUCAUCCUUGUUUGGUUUCAGCGCGAGUGGGAUGUACUGCGUGACCGACGAAGAAGCACCCUACUGCCCCUCUUCGCCCGGGGCGCCUGGCGACCCCAUGUGCUGCAACUGA